AUGGUCGUGUAUAUGACCUACAACUUACAUAUUAGAGAAAAUGUUGUUGUUCUAAUUUCAGCCUCAUCUUGUCAUCAAGAAUUCAACAGUGAUGGAGCGAAACAUGGCACACUUACAUCACCGCAUUACCCUCUUGCCUACCCUCCCAAUACACACUGCCACUAUGAAUUUUUUGGGAGAGGCAAAGAGAGAAUUAGAUUACUUUUUCAAGAUUUCUUUUUGUACAAAUCUCCAGAUGGUUCCUCUAGCUGUACAAAUGUGGACUCGCUUCAAGCAUUCGUUAACGUUGAUGGACGGCUAGAAAAUGUUGCAACAUUUUGUGGAAUUGACCUUCCUAAGCCAAUUAUGUCGAAUGGACCCAAGCUAAUGCUCGAAUUCCGGGGCACUCACUCCUCAAGGCACUCAAGAGGAUUCAAAAUAUCAUAUUCGUUCGUAGAAAACUUUGGUAUAACUUCAGGAAGACAGUUAAAGGAGUUUCCAUGCGCAUUUGUGUAUAAUAGUAGUGAAGCGCGCAAUGGUACGUUCGCAUCGCCGAACUCACCUGGACCGUAUCCCCGAGAUACAGAAUGUUCGUACUUUUUUCACGGGGGACAAACUGAGAAAGUUCAUUUGCACUUUACACAUUUUGAUGUGGAAGGUGUUUUACCAUGUGAAGCCGUCUCCGCAAGUGAUUACGUAGAAUUUUCCAACUACAUGACUGAAGACAGUAGGUAUGGGAGGUAUUGCGGUCGAAUGAAAGAAUUUCACGUGGAAUCGGAGAGAAAUUUCUUCAAAGUGACAUUUCGGUCCAACGAUCGCCUAGAUGGGACCGGCUUUAAAGCGAUGUAUCAAUUUUUAGAAGCUUCAGAUGAAUAUCUAGCACCGAUGUACGAUAGGGCUUCUAAAUCCUUACGAAUAUUUGAAGAGUUGGUCUUGACGUCUAUCCUCGCAACGCAUUUGCAUCAUCAUCUUUAUCAUUGG